AUGGAUGACUGCCGGGUGGGAGCGAGCGCGCCGUCGCUUGGAGGAGCAAGGUGCCUCCCAGCCCUCAAGGGCGUCGCGCCCGAGCCCGCGGUCUCCUCGGGGGGCGCUGCCCCGGGACUGCACCUGGAGGCCGCCCCGGACGGGGAUGGUAAGCUGCCGCCGCCGUCUGGCACACCAGCGGGACGCGGUGAGGGCACCAUGGCGCUGACGCCCGGGAGGGGGCCCUCGGCGGGGCUCGUCCGACCCGAGCUCUGGCUGCUGCUGUGGGCGGCCGCGUGGCACCUGGGUGCCACCGCGUGCCCCGCCCUCUGCACCUGCACCGGCACCACGGUGGACUGCCACGGCACGGGGCUGCAGGCUAUCCCAAAGAACAUCCCACGGAACACGGAGCGCCUGGAACUCAACGGCAACAACAUCACUCGGAUCCAUAAAAACGACUUUGUGGGGCUCAAGCAGCUGCGGGUGCUGCAGCUGAUGGAGAACCAGAUUGGCGUGGUGGAGCGGGGGGCUUUUGACGACAUGAAGGAGCUGGAGCGGCUGGACCUGAGUGAGAACACCAUCCAGGCCAUCCCCAGAAAAGCUUUUCGUGGAGCUACAGACCUCAAAAACUUACAGCUGGACAAGAACCAGAUUAGCUGUAUCGAGGAAGGGGCUUUCCGGGCUCUGCGGGGGCUGGAGGUGCUGACCCUGAACAACAACAACAUCAGCACCAUCCCCGUGUCCAGCUUCAACCACAUGCCCAAGCUGCGCACCUUCCGCCUGCACUCCAACCACCUGUUCUGUGACUGCCACCUGGCCUGGCUCUCCCAGUGGCUUAGGCAGCGGCCAACCAUCGGGCUCUUCACUCAGUGCUCGGGCCCCGCCAGCCUGCGUGGCCUCAACGUGGCCGAGGUCCAGAAGAGUGAGUUCAGCUGCUCAGGCCAAGGGGAAGCGGGGCGAGUGCCUUCCUGCACGCUGUCCUCCGGCUCCUGCCCGGCCAUGUGUACCUGCAGCAACGGCAUCGUGGACUGUCGUGGCAAAGGCCUCACCGCCAUCCCCGCCAACCUGCCAGAGACCAUGACAGAGAUCCGCCUGGAGCUCAAUGGGAUCAAGUCCAUCCCUCCAGGAGCCUUCUCUCCCUACCGAAAACUGCGGAGGAUAGACCUGAGCAACAACCAGAUUGCAGAGAUCGCUCCCGAUGCCUUCCAGGGCCUCCGUUCCCUGAACUCGCUGGUCCUGUAUGGGAACAAGAUCACAGACCUCCCCCGGGGUGUGUUUGGAGGCCUGUACACCCUACAGCUCCUGCUCUUGAACGCCAACAAGAUCAACUGCGUCCGGCCCGACGCCUUCCAGGAUCUGCAGAACCUGUCGCUCCUCUCACUGUAUGACAACAAGAUCCAGAGUCUCGCCAGGGGCACUUUCACCUCCCUGCGGGCCAUCCAGACCCUGCAUCUGGCACAGAACCCUUUCAUCUGCGACUGUAACCUCAAGGGGCUGGCAGACUUCCUGCGUACCAACCCCAUUGAGACGAGCGGGGCCCGCUGCGCCAGCCCCCGGCGCCUUGCCAACAAGCGCAUUGGGCAGAUCAAGAGCAAGAAGUUCCGGUGCUCAGCCAAAGAGCAGUACUUCAUUCCAGGCACGGAGGAUUACCAGCUGAACAGCGAGUGCAACAGCGACGUGGUCUGUCCCCACAAGUGCCGCUGCGAAGCCAGCCUGGUGGAGUGCUCCAACCUGAAGCUCACCAAGAUCCCCGAGCGCAUCCCCCAGUCCACGGCCGAGCUACGAUUAAACAACAAUGAGAUUUCCAUCCUGGAGGCCACUGGGAUAUUUAAAAAACUCACUCAUCUGAAGAAGAUCAAUCUGAGCAACAACAAGGUGUCGGAAAUAGAAGAUGGGGCCUUUGAGGGCGCGGCCUCUGUGAGCGAGCUGCACCUGACCGCCAACCAGCUGGAGUCCAUCCGGAGCGGCAUGUUCCGGGGCCUGGACGGCUUGAGGACCCUGAUGCUGAGGAAUAACCGCAUCAGCUGCAUCCACAACGACAGCUUCACGGGCCUGCGCAAUGUCCGCCUGCUCUCACUCUACGACAACCAGAUUGCCACCAUCUCCCCCGGGGCCUUCGACACCCUCCAGGCCCUGUCCACACUAAACCUUCUGGCCAACCCUUUCAACUGCAACUGUCAGCUGGCCUGGCUGGGGGACUGGCUACGGAGGAGGAAGAUUGUGACGGGGAACCCGCGGUGCCAGAACCCAGACUUCUUGCGGCAGAUCCCGCUGCAGGACGUGGCCUUCCCUGACUUCAGGUGUGAGGAUGGCCAAGAGGAGGGGGGCUGCCUGCCCCGCCCCCAGUGCCCCCCGGAAUGCGCCUGCCUGGACACGGUGGUCCGCUGCAGCAACAAGCACCUCCAGGUCCUGCCCAAAGGCAUCCCCAAGAACGUCACAGAACUCUACUUGGAUGGGAACCAGUUCACACUGGUUCCGGGACAGCUGUCUACCUUCAAGUACCUGCAGCUUGUGGACUUGAGUAACAACAAGAUCAGCUCCUUGAGCGAUUCCUCCUUCACCAACAUGAGCCAGCUGACCACUCUGAUACUCAGCUACAACGCCCUCCAGUGCAUCCCGCCUCUGGCCUUCCAGGGGCUGCGCUCCCUGCGGCUGCUGUCCCUGCAUGGCAAUGACAUCUCCACCCUCCAAGAAGGCAUCUUCACAGACGUGACCUCCCUGUCUCACCUGGCCAUUGGUGCCAACCCUCUGUACUGUGACUGCCACCUCCGCUGGCUGUCUGGCUGGGUGAAGACUGGCUAUAAGGAACCGGGCAUUGCCCGCUGUGCUGGGCCCCCGGACAUGGAGGGCAAGCUGCUCCUCACCACGCCUGCCAAGAAGUUUGAAUGCCAAGGUCCCCCCACGCUGGCUGUCCAGGCCAAGUGUGAUCCCUGCUUGUCCCGCCCAUGCCAGAACCAGGGCACUUGCCAUAAUGACGCCCUUGAGGUGUACCGGUGUGUCUGCUCCAGCGGCUAUAAGGGCCGUGACUGCGAGGUGUCCCUGGACAGCUGUGCCAGCAGCCCCUGUGGAAACGGAGGGACCUGCCGCCCGCAGGAGGGCGAGGAUGCCGGCUUCACGUGUUCCUGUCCCACCGGCUUUGAAGGACCAACCUGUGAGGUGAACACGGACGACUGUGUGGGGCACACAUGUGCCAAUGGGGGCACCUGCAUGGAUGGCGUGAGCAACUACACCUGCCAGUGCCCCCUGCAGUACGUGGGAAGGGCCUGUGAGCAGCUGGUAGACUUCUGCUCCCCGGAUUUGAACCCAUGUCAGCAUGGAGCCCAGUGUGUGGGUACUCCAGAUGGGCCCAGGUGUGAGUGCGCCCCAGGUUAUGCAGGAAACAACUGCAGUGAGAACCAGGAUGACUGCAGGGACCACCGCUGCCAGCACGGGGCCCAGUGCGUGGAUGGUGUCAGCAGCUACUCCUGCCUCUGUGCUGAGGGCUACAGUGGGCAGUUCUGUGAGACUCCUCCCCGAACACCUGGCCCCAGAAGCCCCUGCGAAGGCACUGAGUGCCAGAACGGGGCCAACUGUGUGGACCAGGGCAGCGGGCCCGUGUGCCAGUGCCUUCCAGGUUUUGGGGGCCCCGAGUGUGAGAAGCUGCUCAGUGUCAACUUUGUGGAUCGGGACACCUACCUGCAGUUCACGGAUCUGCAGAACUGGCCACGGGCCAACAUCACACUGCAGAACGUCAGCGUUUGGAGGGCAAAAAGCGAGUCCCACUUGAACAGCACUGUUUGCCAAACAUUUCUUGGGGACGGAGAGGACCAUGCAAGUCACACGAUAGAGGUCUCCACAGCAGAGGACAACGGGAUCCUGCUGUACAAUGGGGACAAUGACCACAUCGCAGUGGAGCUGUACCAGGGUCAUGUGCGUGUCAGCUACGACCCGGGCAGCUACCCCAGCUCUGCCAUCUACAGCGCCGAGACGAUCAACGAUGGGCAGUUCCACACCGUUGAGCUGGUCACUUUUGACCAGAUGGUGAAUCUCUCCAUCGAUGGAGGCAGUCCCAUGACCAUGGACAACUUUGGCAAACACUACACACUCAACAGCGAGGCCCCCCUCUACGUGGGAGGGAUGCCAGUGGAUGUGAACUCGGCUGCCUUCCGCCUGUGGCAGAUCCUCAAUGGCACCAGUUUCCACGGUUGCAUCCGAAACCUGUACAUUAACAACGAACUGCAGGACUUCACCAAGACGCGGAUGAAGCCCGGAGUGGUGCCUGGCUGUGAGCCCUGCCGAAAGCUCUACUGCCUGCAUGGCAUCUGCCAGCCCAAUGCCACCCCUGGGCCUGUAUGCCAUUGUGAGGCUGGCUGGGGGGGCCUACACUGUGACCAGCCGGCUGACGGCCCCUGCCAUGGCCACAAGUGUGUCCACGGGAAAUGUGUGCCCCUCGAUGCUCUCUCCUACAGCUGCCAGUGCCAGGAUGGGUACUCGGGAGCUCUGUGCAACCAGGCUGGGGCACCUGUAGACCCCUGCGGGGGCCUGCAGUGCCUGCAUGGCCACUGCCAGGCCUUGGCCACCAAGGGGGCACACUGUGUGUGUGACCCUGGCUUUUCAGGCGAGCUGUGUGAGCAAGAGUCCGAGUGCCGGGGGGACCCUGUCCGGGACUUUCACCAGGUCCAGAGGGGCUAUGCCAUCUGCCAGACCACGCGCCCGCUGUCUUGGGUGGAGUGCCGGGGCUCAUGCCCGGGUCAGGGCUGCUGCCAGGGCCUGCGGCUGAAACGGAGGAAGUUCACCUUUGAGUGCAGCGACGGGACCUCUUUUGCCGAGGAGGUGGAGAAGCCCACCAAGUGUGGCUGUGCCCUCUGCGUGUAGCGCCUGGCUGGACGGGGAGGGGUGAGGCAGGCGAGAGGGCACGGCUGCAGUGGAGCCUGGUGGUCUGCAGUGGGUGCAGGCCAAUCUCCUGGGGGGUGACCAGCCGGCAGCUGGGGGUGGGUGGGAGUGGCCUGGGCUGCAGGCCACCCUCUCCGGAAGUGCCUUGCACAAAUAGGCGCUUAAUAAAUAUUUGUUGAAUGAA